AAACCUCUCAGAUGGUUAGCUUCUACAGUUAACCUAGUGUAGCAUAAUCUGUUAGCGGCUUCAGCAUGAGGUGUAGGUUUGGCUUUAAGAGGCGGACUCUGCUGGUCGUGGCAACGUUUCUGGGUCUGGUGGUUCUAUGGUCCUCUCUGUCCCCCGAACCCAGCGAGGACAUCCCUUUGGGAAAUCAGGAGGAUGCUGCCCUGCCCAGAGCAGACCCUGCAGACCACUUUAAGCCUGUGGUGCCUUGGCCUCAUGUGGAGGGGGUGGAGGGCGACCUGCACGCCAUCAGACUCAAACGUGAGCCCAACAACCCAGAGAAACCAGAACAGCAGCUCAACCAGAAGCAGGUGAUCCAGCAGCAGUACGUGACUUUCAAACCCCACACUCACGCCUACACCAGCCCUGUACUGAAGAAAGGCAUCCUGGGAAACUUUGAGCCUAAAGAACCAGAGCCUCCGGGGGUCCCUGGUGGUCCUGGAGAGGAGUCCAAACCCUUUGUCCUGGGUCCAGAGUACAAAGACACCGUGCAGUCCUCCAUCAAGGAGUUUGGCUUCAACAUGGUGGCCAGCGACAUGAUCUCUCUGGACAGAAGCAUCAGUGACAUUCGCCAUGAAGAGUGUAAGUACUGGCACUAUGACGACAGACUGCUGACCUCCAGUGUGGUGAUCGUGUUUCAUAAUGAAGGCUGGUCUACACUGAUGAGGACCGUCCACAGUGUGAUCAAGAGGACCCCCAGGAGAUACCUGGCUGAGAUCGUCAUGAUCGACGACUUCAGCAACAAAGACCACUUGAAGGAGCGUCUGGAGGACUACAUCAAACAGUGGAACGGUCUGGUGAAACUGUUCAGGAAUGAGAAGAGAGAAGGACUGAUCCAGGCCAGGAGCAUUGGAGCCAACAAGGCCACUGAAGGACAGGUGCUGAUCUACCUGGAUGCUCACUGUGAGGUUGGAAUCAACUGGUACGCUCCUCUGAUCGCUCCUAUAGCAAAAGACAGGUCUCCAGCCAUGGCGGGGGGUCUGUUUGCUAUAGAGAGAGAGUUUUUCUUUGAGCUGGGUCUCUAUGAUCCAGGACUGCAGAUCUGGGGAGGAGAAAACUUUGAGAUAUCCUACAAGAUCUGGCAGUGUGGUGGUCAGCUGCUCUUCGUCCCGUGCUCUCGGGUCGGUCACGUCUACAGGCUGCCGGGUUGGCAGGGUAACCCCCCUCCUGCACACGUCGGGUCCUCCCCCACUCUGAAGAACUAUGUGCGUGUGGUGGAGGUGUGGUGGGAUGACUAUAAGGAUUACUUUUAUGCCAAUCGUCCUGAGACUCUUGGGAUGGCUUAUGGAGACAUCAGUGAGCUCAAACGCUUCAGGGAGGAGCAUCACUGCAAGAGCUUCAAGUGGUUCAUGGAGGAGAUCGCUUAUGACAUCCCUUUGCACUAUCCUCUCCCUCCUAAAAAUGUGGAGUGGGGGGAGAUCCGAGGCCUUGACACCAGGUACUGUAUCGACAGUAUGGGACACAAGAAAGAGGGCAGAGUGGAGAUCGGACCCUGCCACAGGAUGGGGGGCAACCAGUUGUUCCGUAUCAAUGAAGCUAACCAACUGAUGCAGUAUGACCAGUGUCUGACCAAAGGACUAGACAGCUCAUCUGUUAUCAUCACACACUGUGACCAGAAACAACACACUGAGUGGAAGUACUUUAAGGAUCUACAUCGGUUCACUCAUGUGCCAACAGGAAAGUGUCUGGACCGCUCUGACCUGCUCCACACAGUCUCCAUCUCAGACUGUGACACCAGUAAAACCAGUCAGAGGUGGGAGAUGAACAACAUUGUGGUUGUGUGACCGGCUGGGACUCGAACA